AUGAGCACCAUCCCGGACGAAGCCGAACUCAUCGCGGCCGUGCAGCAAGUGCUCGCGGAGAACCCCGAGUUUGGCGCCAAGCGCAUCGCGGCGACCGUCAAGGAAGCCAACGACUGGCAGGUGGGCGAAAAGCGGGUCGCCAAGCUCCUCAAGAAGCAUUCUGUGAUUUCCCCGCCGUCGCCUAAAAUGGACACCAACCAGGAAGACGAAGUCGUCGUGCAAGAAGAGGCUGCCGUCGAGGAAGCCGCUGUCGAGGAAGCCGCUGUCGAGGAAGCUGCCGUCGAGGAAGCUGCCGUCGAGGAAGCUGCCGUCGAGGAAGCUGCCGUCGAGGAAGCCGCCGUCGUAGAAGAAGCUGCCGUCGAGGAAGAAGUUGUCGUCGAAGAGGCUGCCGUCGAAGAGGCUGUCUUCGUGGAAGAAGCCACUACCGAGGAGGCUGUCGUCGAAGAAGCCGCUGUCGAGGAGGCUGUCGUUGUCGAAGCGACUACCUCGUCCGAAGAGGAAGGCGUCAUCGUUGAAGAGGCUGGCUCUUCGGAGGAAGAGGGUGUCGUCGUCGAAGAAGUUGCCGCUGAGGAGACUGCGGUUGAGGAAGAAGCCGUUGUCGCCACCGAAGAGCCCAUUGUCGAAGCCGCCGUUGAAGAUGAAGCGCCGGUCGCUGGCGAAGAGCCCGUGCUCGUGGACGAGCCCGUAUCGGAGGAACCCAUCGUUGUCGAUCAACCGAUCACUGAGGAACCCGUCGUCGUCGUCGCCGAAGUCGAGGCCCAAGUUGUGGAGGCUGAGGCCUCUGCUGUUGACGCCGUCGUCGAGGUCGCUGCCCCGGUCGUCGAGGUCGCUGCCCCGGUCGUCGAGGUCGCUGCCCCGGUCGUCGAGGUCGCUGCCCCGGUCGUCGAGGUCGCUGCCCCGGCUGUCGAGGUCGCUGCCCCCGUGGUUGUCGAGCAGGCUCCGGUUGCUGCGCCUGUCGAGGCCAUCCAGGCUGAAACGAAGACGGUUGUUGCCGAAGUCACCAAGUCGGACGAUAUCGCUGUCGCUGCGGCCGCUGCCGUUGGUGUCGCCGCCAUUGCUGGUAUUGCCGUUGUGGCUGCUGCCACCGAGGCGCCCAAGACUGUCGAAGUCGCUAAGCCCACGGAGGUCAAGGCGGAGACCGCCAAGCCUACGGAGGCCAAGGUCGAAGCCAAGGUCGAGGCCAAGGUCGAGGCCGUCAAGGAGGCUGUCCAGGUCGAAGCCAAGGCUCGCGGUAUUGAAGUCAAGUCGCGCGGCAUUGAGGCCAAGCCCCGUGGCGUCGUCGCCGGCUACGACAACGCGCCGACGCGCUCGAUCAACGGCCCGACGCCGUCCUUGAACAAGGCCGCCGAGAAGAGCGCCGCGUGCAGCUGCUCCAUCAUGUAGACUCCCCCAGGUUCAUUUUUAUUCGGUUUAUAAACGCAUUUCACUUGAGUAC